AUGUCUGCCUCUCUUGCCCCCGAGUGCAACGAGCUCAAAGAACGUUAUGACUCGUGCUUUCUCAAAUGGUACAGCGAAAAGUUUCUCCGCGGCAAUUCGUCAAGCAAUGACUGCGAAAAGGUGUUUGAAGAAUAUAAGAAAUGCCUUUCGAAAACUUUGAAAGACCGUGGCAUUGAUACCAUGCUGGAAGAAGCUCGAAAGAGUGGCAAAGAGGCUGACGAACAUGGAAAAAAAUAA